UGUUAUUAGCACCGUGCUCUGGCCAACUGAUCUAAUCUGGGUGUUGAGGCGCUGCUGGGUGCUGGUGGGUGCUGGCACGCAGGGGCCAGUCCCCGUUAGCUGUUUCCUUUCCCCACACCCCGUGACUCACCGUGCUUCCCCAGAGCGGUUGGCUCAUCAUUUCCUGCGCCAGCCGUGCCCUGCGGUGCCACCGGCGGGGCCUGGUUUUUGCCGUGCCACCAUCCCGGUGCCGCUGGCUCACCUGUCCUUCUCUCUUGCAGAUGAGCGAGAUCGUGUCCAGAAGAAAACUUUCACCAAAUGGGUCAACAAGCACCUUAUCAAGGCGCAGCGCCACGUCAACGACCUGUACGAGGACCUGCGGGACGGGCACAACCUCAUCUCGCUGCUGGAGGUGCUGUCGGGUGACACGCUGCCCCGGGAGCGCGACGUCCUGCGGACCUUGCGGUUGCCCCGGGAGAAGGGCCGGAUGCGCUUCCACAAGCUGCAGAAUGUCCAGAUUGCCCUCAACUACCUGAAGCACCGGCAGGUGAAGCUGGUGAACAUCCGCAACGAUGACAUCGCCGACGGCAACCCCAAGCUGACGCUGGGGCUCAUCUGGACCAUCAUCCUCCACUUCCAGAUCUCAGACAUCCAGGUGACGGGGCAGUCGGAGGACAUGACUGCCAAGGAGAAGCUGCUGCUCUGGUCACAGCGGAUGGUGGAGGAUUACCAGGGCCUCCGCUGUGACAACUUCACCACCAGCUGGCGGGACGGGCGCCUCUUCAAUGCCAUCAUUCACCGGCACAGGUGGGUGCCGUGGUGGUGCCGUGUGUCCGUGGGCAGCCGUGUGCUCACCGGGACUGCUGUGCCAAUCCCGCUCACCGGGGCAGCCGUGUGCUCACCGGGGCUGCCGUGUGCUCACCGGGGAUACCAUGUCAAUCCCACUCACCGGGGAUACCGUGUGCUCACCGGGGAUACCGUGUGCUCACCGGGGCAGCCGUGUGCUCACCGGGGCUGCCGUUUGCUCACCGGGGCUGCUGUGCCAAUCCCACUCACCAGGGCGGCUGUGCCGAUCCCCACUCACCGGGGCUGCCGUGUGCUCACCGGGGCUGUUGUGCCAAUCCCACUCACCGGGGCUGCCGUGUGCUCUCCAGGGCGGCUCGUGUACCACCUGCACGAGCGCCUGGUGUCCAUCCGCACCGAGUACAACCUGCGGCUCAAGUCGGGGGCGCCGGUGCCGGCGGUGCCGGCCGUGUCGGUGACAUCGGCGCAGCGGCGGCCGGAGCCGGACGAGGCCCCGCUGCGGUACCUGCAGGAGCUGCUGGCCUGGGUGGAGGAGAACCAGCGGCGCGUGGCCACGGCCGAGUGGGGCGUGGACCUGCCCACCGUGGAGACCCACCUGGGCGCCCACCGCGGGCUGCACCGCGCCAUCGAGGAGUUCCGCGCCAAGGUGGAGCGGGCACGGGCCGAUGAGGUGAGACCCCCGGAGCUGGGGACCCCCUGGUCCUGGGGGUGGUGA